AUGGAGACCAAGGAUGAAGCAGACCUCUGCUUUCCACAGCUCUUCAACAGCUCCUGCAAAAAGCCAGCGUCUCCUCACUCUGAACUUGUGCUCCUUCACAUCAUGCUGUCCUCCAUCUCUGUGCUGACUGUGGUUCUCAAUCUGCUCGUCAUCAUCUCAGUCUCUCACUUCAUGCAGCUUCACACACCCACUAACAUCCUCCUCCUCUCUCUGGCUGUGUCAGACUUUCUUGUGGGCCUGCUGUUCAUGCCGGUAGAAAUCUUUAGGACAACAGCUUGCUGGGUAUUUGGAGAUACCAUAUGUGUUUUUUAUUGUUUACUCUCCUCGACCAUUAUCUGCGUUUCAGUAGGACAAGUAGUCCUCAUAUCAGUCGACCGUUAUGUGGCUAUUUGUCAUCCUCUGCAUUACCCCACCAGAAUCACUGUGCCAAGAAUCAGACUCAGUGUCUGUCUAUGUUGGCUCUGUUGUGCUUUGUACAGCAGUUAUUAUGUGAAGGAUGUCCUGACUCAACCAGGCAAAAGUAAAUCCUGCUAUGGAGAAUGUGUUUUACCCUUAGACCAAAUAACACUAUCUGUUGAUGCUGUUUUAAAUUUCAGUAUCACAGUUGCUGGUAUCAUAGUUCUCUAUCUGAGAGUAUUUGUGGUGGCUGUGUCUCAGGCUCGUGCCAUGCGCUCUCUUAUUACAGCUGACACAGUCCAGGUUUCAUUGACUCUGACAAGAAAGAAAUCAGAGUUGAAAGCAGCCAGGACUCUUGGUGUUCUUGUAGUUGUAUAUCUGAUAUGUUACUGCCCUUUAUACUGUUACGCUUUAAUUGGGGACAGUGUGAUCAGUCAGUCAUUUGUCACUGUUGUCAUCUUCUCUUUUUAUUUAAAUUCUUGUUUAAACCCUGUCAUCUAUGCACUGUUCUAUCCCUGGUUUAGAAGGAGUAUUAAACACAUUGUCACUCUGCAGAUACUGAAGCCUGGGUCCCGUGAGGUCAACAUACUGGAGAGAGACUGUUAAAGAUCUGAAAUAACACAAGCAUUACAAAACUGAUGUCAUUGAUACUGCAGCAAUUUUAUUUAAACUAAAGACAAGAGAGACAAAUAGCUCUGAUGUAAGCUUUUAUCUUUACACAUAUGCACAAAAGUAUAAUUUUAUG